AUGGCCGUGAGAGAAGCCUCUCAUGCCGGCUCGUGGUACUCUGGCAAUGGCCGACAACUGGCAGCCCAACUCGACCAGUGGCUCUCCCAAGUGCCCCAGACGGGCAUCCUUCCAGGCGUCGACAGCUUGCCAGUACCGGGGGCGAGAGUAGUUAUAUCUCCUCACGCAGGGUAUGCCUACUCUGGUCCUUGUGCAGCAUGGGCCUACAAGUGCCUCGACCUCUCCAAGGCGAAACGGAUCUUCAUCCUCCACCCCUCUCAUCACCACCACCUGAGCACGGCUGCGCUGCCCGUUGUGGACGCCUACGAAACUCCCCUCUCUGCCACGCCGCUCCCCCUCGAUCAUGAGACCAUCCAAGAACUCUCCUCCCUCUCCACGGUCGUCCAAGGCCGCACGAUCAAGUUCACCACCAUGUCUCAGCCGGUGGACGAAGCAGAACACAGCGCCGAGAUGCAACUGCCAUACAUACACCGACUCCUCCAGAAGCUGUACCCUGACCAGCCCGAGUCAUCAUACCCUCCCCUCGUGCCCAUCAUGGUUGGCGGAACGAAUCCCGCCACGGAGGCUGCGCUGGGGAGAAUGCUGGCUCCGUACAUCGCGGAUGAACGGAAUGCAUUCGUCAUCUCGUCGGACUUCUGCCAUUGGGGAAGUCGAUUUGGCUACACUUAUUACCUACCUGACGCACCCAGCCCAGCCUUGUCGCCCCUGACGCUGCCCAAUGGGGUACGUGGAGAAUCUGCCACGGCGAAAGAGUCGGUCAAUGAAGACAUCCACAAAGUACCUACGCUGGGGCAGGGUCAACAUCUCGGCUCAAGGACCCAGGUUCCAAAAGGCGGGCCACAAAUAUUCGAGAGCAUCGCGCAUGCUGACAGAGCGUGUAUGUGUGCCAUCGCCACGGGACAACAUUCAGAGUUCCUGCGAGUGCUCAAGGAGACCGGGAACACGGUGUGUGGGCGACAUCCCAUCGGUGUCUUCAUGGCUGGCCUUGAAGAGGUGGAGCGCCUGGAGCGGGAAAAAGGUGGUAACCCGGGGGACCACAGACGGUUCAGGUUCAUGCGGUACGAACGCAGCAGUGACGCCGAGACUGUCAGGGACAGUAGCGUUAGCUACGUGAGUGCUUUUGCCGUCCUCUGA